CCAAACACUCCCAUCUACUUUUGGAUUAAAACCUCAAAAAUACCACCAAAAAUCAAAAACCUACCCUUCAGUCGUCGAGCUGCCUUUUUCCCUCCACUCUCACUCGUUCCCCGCCUGAGACUAGGCGUGAUUCUCUCGUUCGACGAUAACGCGAAUCGGAGAGCAAGGAAGGUUCUGUUGCAAUGGAAUCCACAGCAUUGAAGUCACAACGCCAACAAUUUUCAAUUAAACUGUGGCCUCCUAGUCAGAACACUCGGCAGAUGCUUGUGCAACGUAUUAUAGGCAAUCUUACCUCUAAUUCUAAUUCUAUUUUUACUCAGAAGUAUGGUAGUCUUAAUGAAAACGAGGCCGAGGACAGUGCAAUACAAAUUGAGGAUGUGGCUUUUGACAUUGCAAAUAAACACUAUGAAAUAGAGCCUGAUGGUGACGGAAGUUCUGCAGUGCAGCUUUAUGCCAAGGAAUGCAGCAAGCUUAUUUUGGAAGUUCUCAAAAGAGGCCCUGCAUCUGAGAAAGUUAAUGCAUUUCGAGAAACCUUUUUUGAUAUAUCAAAGGGUCCUAGGGCAUUUAUUGAGGCAGAUGAGGCUGAGGAACUUAUGAGGCCAUUAAAGGAGCAGAAGAAUUCUUACACAAAAAUUCGCUUUAGCAAUAGAAGCUUUGGAUUAGGAGCUGCUUGUGUUGCCGAGCCCAUUUUGCUAUCCAUCAAGGACCAGCUGAAGGAAGUUGACCUAUCUGAUUUUAUUGCUGGACGACCUGAGACCGAAGCUCUAGAAGUUAUGAAUAUAUUCUCAACCGCUCUUGAAGGUAGCAUAUUGAAAUCUCUGAACCUAUCAAACAAUGCUUUGGGUGAGAAGGGUGUUAGGGCAUUUGGGGCACUCUUUAGAUCGCAGCACACCCUAGAGGAGCUAUAUCUGAUGAAUGAUGGCAUCUCUGAGGAUGCUGCAAGAGCAGUUUGUGAUUUGAUUCCAUCGACAGAGAAGCUUCGGAUCCUCCAGUUUCAUAAUAAUAUGACAGGAGAUGAAGGGGCACUCGCUAUAUCUGAGGUUGUGAAACGCUCUCCUUUGGUAGAGGAUUUUCGGUGCUCCUCUACAAGGAUUGGUUCAAAAGGAGGAGUUGCAUUAUCUGAAUCACUUGAGACUUGUACCCAACUGAAGAAACUUGAUCUUCGUGAUAACAUGUUUGGUGUAGAGGCUGGAGUUGCUCUGGGUAAAGCUUUCUCCAAACUCACUGAUCUAAAAGAGGUGUACUUGAGCUACUUGAACUUAGAAGAUGAGGGUGCGAUUGCUAUAACAAAUGCUCUAAAAGAGUCUGCUCCUUUGCUUGAAGUUCUGGAGAUGGCUGGAAACGACAUUACAGCUGAAGCUGCUCCUACUAUAGCUUCUGCUUUAGCAGUAAAGCAGCAUCUUACGAAGUUGAAUUUGGCUGAAAAUGAACUCAAGGAUGAAGGUGCCAUCCAGAUCGGUAAGGCCUUGGAUGAAGAUCAUCUCCAGUUGGUGGAAGUUGAUAUGAGUGCCAACUCUAUUAGGAGGGCCGGUGCACGGCUGUUGGCUCAGGUUGUGGUUCAGAAGCCUGGGUUUAAGUUGCUGAACAUUGAUGAGAAUUUUAUUUCUGAUGAAGGCAUUGAUGAGGUAAAAGAGAUGUUCAAGAAAUGUCCUAAUGUACUUGGAUCCUUCGAUGAUAAUGAUCCUGAAGGGGGAGAUGGUGACGACGGAUCUGGAGAUGAUGAAGAUAAUGACAAUGAACUGGAAUCCAAACUGAAGAAUCUUGAAGUUGGGCAGGAGUAGAUUUCUUGAAUGGCAUUCUCUUUCUUUGUUUUUUAGUUUGCUGCUCCAGCGGCAUUUGGAUUUGUUGGGGACGUCCACAGUAUUUUGGUUGGACUAGUCCAUUAAACCUUUACCAUAUAUCAUCAGAGGAGAUUGUUACUUGAGUGGAA